AUGACAUUCAACAUUCGUGUUGACAUCCUCGAGCAUGAUCCUGAGAAUAACUUUACAAAACGAAUCCAUCGUUUAACUCAAACCAUCGAAAAAUGGCAACCAACCAUUCUCUGUGUACAAGAACCAUUAACUAAUCAGUUCCAACAUUGGCUAUCUCAUCUACCGAGUUAUUAUCGAUCGAUUGGAUCGCCUAAUUCAUCAUCGGACUUCGAUUUCCAAGUAGCAAUCUUAUAUAAUAGUCAAAUUCUCAAACUUUCAGAUCAAGAUUAUCUUUGGUUAUCCAAAACACCUCGAACAGUUGGAAGUAAAGAUUGGAAUAGUCAUGCUGUUCGGACGUUAAACAUUGCACGAUUUCACCUGGUUUCCGAUGAAUCGAUGAACUUGCUUGUGUUUAAUACACAUUUAGAUGCCAAAAGUGAACAAGCUCGGCAAGAACAAGCCAAGAUUAUUCGUUCGACGAUCAAUGAAUGGCGAAGAAAAUAUCCAACAGAUGUUGUUCUACUGCUCGGAGAUUUCAAUACUAUUCCACAACAGACAACGUACAAUAUCUUGACCUCAUCGGAGUUUCUCUACGAUACUUGGACGGUUUGCAAAACUCAUUCCUCCACUUGUACAUCCAAUACAUUCUCAUCAACAUUCCAUGGCUGGUUGGGUUCAAUAAUCAACACUUAUGGUUUGCAAUUACUACAAACACUUGGGUACACAUAUCAUGGUCUAGGUGUUAUUUUACCACAUGGAUUGCCAAGAAAUAUUUCAUCGUUUAUUGAUGUUUUGAAAAAGUUUACCAGAUAUUCUCGUCAGAUUAAUCUGUCAACAAUGAUUGUCACUUGGUCUUCGCAUCGGUUUCAUGUCGAUUGGAUUUUAUAUCAGAAUUCUUUCGAUCGAACGCAGCGCCUACAACCGAAACUUAUCUCGGUAAUUGAUAUUCGCUCACGAAGUUAUUCAUCUGAUCAUUUUCCUCUCAUCGCUUUGUUUCAGUUCGAAAAAUAA